CAGGUGAGUGUUCCAUGCAGCAGCCUGUUUGAUAUUGUGACUGUCCGAUGCGGGCACUGCACUAAUCUAUGGUCUGUGAACAUGGCGGUUGCAUUUCAGUCACUGUCGUGGCAAGAUGUUCAGGCACCCAGCUAUGCAACACAAAAUCACAGGAUGGGUCAGGGUUCAUCUUCCAGAUGCAACAACACCAAGCUCUCUUCAAGAAAUGCUACCGAGGAAAGGGUUGUUAAUCGACCUCCUGAGAAGACGCAGCGACUGCCAUCUGCAUACAAUCAGUUCAUAAAAGAGGAGAUCCAAAGGAUCAAGGCCAACAAUCCAGACAUCAGUCACAGGGAAGUAUUCAGCACUGCUGCUAAGAAUUGGGCGCACUUCCCUCGUAUCCACUUUGGCCUCAUGCUUGAAAAUCAACAACCAAACUAAGAUGGAUGAUG